AUGCCGGUUGUUAUUGCUCGCUCACUACAAAAGGAUGCCAUCGCCUCAGCAGAAUCUGGCUCCUCAACAACAUCAGACGUUGAGAAGGACCCAGUCACCUUGACUAUAAAGCCGACUGCUUCCUCUGAUCAUUCAGCACUUGGCGAUACCUCUGACAACCGUCGCUUUUGGUUCCAGCGGUCGAAAAGCUAUGACCCAAAUGCCAUCGCAACCCAGCCGUCAGUGUUCGACGAUCCUGAACUUAUCUCUGAAUAUAGACCCCGACCAGAAUGGGAGAACGUUCACCGCUUUGACCCAUCAGCAAGAUGGACCUGGGGCGAAGAGAAUAAAGCUGUCAGAAAGCUCGACAUGCGAAUCAUGGUACUGGCAUGCAUGAUGAUGACAGCACUGGAGCUUGAUCGCUCGAAUAUCCACUAUAACCUUGGAAAUACCAUAUUCAAGCUCUUCUAUCUCUUAAGCGAGAUUCCUGCCCAGCUGAUUGGCAAAUAUAUUGGCGUCGAUAGAUGGAUUCCCAUACAAAUGACUUCGUGGUCAUUGGUGGCUCUCUGUCAGUUCUGGCUGCGCGAUAGGACUUCUUUCCUGGUUUGUCGGGCCUUGGUUGAUUCUCGCUUACAGAUGCAGAUGAUCCUCUACCUCUCUUACUUUUAUAAGCAUCACGAGCUUUCUAUUCGCCUAGGGUUCUGGUAUUCUGCACAGGCAGUCGCGGACGUUCUAGCAGGUCUUCUAGCGUAUGGCAUACUGCAUCUCCGUGGCUAUGCUGGCCAGGCUGGUUGGCGUUGGCUUUUCUUAAUCGAGGGCUCCUUCACUUUAUUUCUCGCCAUUCUAUCUUUUCUUUUCCUGCCACCAUCUGUGACGCAGACGGCCAGCUGGGCACGGGGCAAGAAGGGCUGGUUUACGGAGCGGGAAGAAAUAAUUCUGGUCAAUCGAAUUAUCCGCGAGGACCCAAGUAAGGGCUCUAUGGGAAGCAACGAACCCUUAACAGCCAAACUUGUGUGGCAGAGUUUCAAAGACUACGACCUGUGGCCACUUUACAUGAUUGGUCUUAUAUUCUUGGUACCAUAUACAACGAUUUCCCAAUACUUUACGCUAUUAAUGACUGAUUUCGGGUUCGGGGAGUUCAAUGUCAUCCUGCUCGCCAUUCCAUGCAGUCUACCUGGCGAUUUGCUGACCAAUGAACAGGUCAUAGGGAUUGUAACGAGGAUCAUUCUCACCUACGCCGCUGAGGUCCUCGGAUCCCUUGCAUGGAUGGGAGCUGUGGCCCAAGCCUGGACCCUCCCAAUGCUUAUCUAUAUGAAUGUAGUCGAUUUCAGUCAGACCAAGAGAUGGGUUGCGUGGACAGUCCUCACUUUGAUUCUUUCGUUCCCUAGUCCCCAUGCACUCCAAGCGGGAUGGAACUCUCGCAACUCCAAUAGUGUGCGGUCCCGGGCAUUAUCAGCGGCUAUGUAUAACAUGUGCGUGCAGCUAUCCGGGAUAAUCGCGUCGAAUGUCUACCAAGAUUGGGACGCUCCUCGCUAUGUGCAGGGCAAUCGAGUGCUUCUCGCUCUGGUGUGCACCAACAUCGCUGUGUACGCCCUGACCAAGGUCUACUAUAUACUGCGUAACCGUCACCGAGAUCGGAAGUGGACGGGGAUGACGGAGGAGCAGAGAAUUGACUACAUCGCAAGCACGAAGGAGACAGGGAAUAAGCGAUUGGAUUUUCGGUUUGCGCAUUAA